CCGCGUGCCGUGCGCGUGCGUACACCGCCGCCGGCGUGAUGCACUCCGCGUAGACUCGCCACGCAGUCACCAUGCUCGUGCCUCCCGAGAUGAUGGCGGCGCAAUCCAAGCUCGUCUACCAGAUGAACAAGUACUACAACGAGCGCGUCGCCAACAGGAAGGCGCAGAUCACCAAGACCAUCCACGAGGUCUGCCGGAUAGUGCAGGAUGUGCUCAAGGAGGUCGAGCUACAGGAGCCAAGGUUCAUCUCCUCGCUCACCGACUACAAUGGACGCUUUGACGGCUUGGAAGUGGUUUCGCCUCAUGAGUUCGAGAUCGUUAUUUACUUGAAUCAAAUGGGAGUCCUAAACUUCGUGGACGACGGGUCGCUGCCCGGGUGCGCCGUGCUCAAGCUGAGCGACGGCAGGAAGCGCUCCAUGUCCCUGUGGGUGGAGUUUAUCACCGCGUCCGGCUACCUGUCCGCCAGGAAGAUCCGAUCCAGGUUCCAAACCUUGGUGGCGCAGGCUUGUGACAAAUGUUCCUACAGAGAUUGUGUCAAAAUGAUCGCUGAGACCACUGAAGUGAAGCUACGUAUUCGUGAGAGGUACAUCGUGCAAAUAACGCCGGCAUUCAAAUGCGCCGGUCUGUGGCCGCGCUCGGCGGCGCACUGGCCGCUGCCCGCCAUCCCGUGGCCACACCCUAAUAUUGUAGCUGAAGUCAAAACUGAAGGCUUCGACUUGCUAUCGAAGGAAUGUCUCGCGCUACAAGGAAAGAAUUCCGCAAUGGAAGGUGAUGCGUGGGUGUUGAGUUUCUUUGAGGCGGAGAACCGUUUACUGCAAGGCGGUUGUCGGCGAAAAUGUCUGAGUAUCCUAAAGACGAUUCGGGACCGGCACUUAGACUUGCCGGGCAACCCGGUGACGUGCUACCACAUGAAGACGCUGCUGCUGUACGAGUGCGAGAAGCACCCGCGGGAGCACGAGUGGGACGAGGUGGCCAUCGGGGACCGCAUUAACGGCAUCUUCCUGCAGCUCAUCUCGUCGCUGCAGUGUCGGCGCUGCCCGCACUACUUCCUGCCGCACGUGGACCUCUUCAAGGGCAAGUCUCCGACGGCGCUGGAGAACGCCGCCAAGCAGGUGUGGCGGUUGACGCGCGAGAUGCUCACCAACUCGCGCGCCUUCGAGAAGCUCUGAACUCUCAGUGAUUGUGCGUGCAGUGUAACGCUUGUAUAGUCCUGCAGUAGUUGUAGCAUUUGUGUCGGAUACGCGUCGCAGUGCAGUGACACCGAUCUGACGUAUUCCAUUCGGAAGGACAGACUGUAAGUAGAAGUGAUACUAAUAUACGCUAGGGACGCAGUUUCGAUAUAAUAUUUUUGUGAUAUACUGUAAAUAGCUUAAACGUUGUACAAUUUUAGUGAUAUAUUUAAUUUAAAAUCAUCGUGUAUUUAUUUGACUGAAAUCUUAUAAAGUAGGGGCAUAAUCUACGUUAAAAAUAAAUAAUUUCCAACUAUAA